GCCGUCGCUACGCAGUACACUUCCACUCCACCGCUUCCGGCGCAUCCCAAGUCGCCGUCCUCCCGAUCCCCCCUCCCCUCCCCUUCCUCUGCUCCGGACACCCCAUCUCCUCGAGCCGGACGCCCCAUCCACCUCUACGGGCGGCGGCGGCGUAGCAAAGUCAGUGAGAAAUGGCGCCGCCCGGGUCGCGGCGGUGGGCGUACGUGCGGAUCAUGGCCGGCACCAUCCUCGGCGGCGGCCUCGGCUUCUACGUCAUGCACCGCAUCGAGACCUCCUACAAGGUGAGGAUGGAGGAGAGGCUGCGGAGGUACGAAGCGCACAUGCUCGCCAAGGAGAAGGAGGCGCAGCAGCUGCAGGACGAGGGACGCCGCGAGGACCAGGCGCAGGUCUUGCCGGACUCGUGAUUUUCUCUCGUCCCCUUGCUCCGGCUCGCCUUCCCGAGCUGUUAGAACAUAAUCUAGCGGCUCAAAGCUUCCUGAGAAGUGCGCCUCUGGCGUCUACGGUCGUUUUGUGAACAUGAAGAGUUAUUUUUCUUCCCCUCCUUUUUGUUGACAAUGAGUGUGCACCAGUUGGAGGCUGAGCCUAACUGCAACUCUGCAAGCACUGUAAGAUUCGGACCCUGCUGUGUGAAAAUUGAUUGUACCUGUAUGAGUAUGGAUAGUUAUCGGAAA